CGGGGGGAUUAACCUGACAACGCUGCUUUCAAUGAGCUACAAUGGAGACUAAAUAGGAACUCGAUCGAAUUCAGGCUUUUAAUUUAUUCAUUAAAUGAAGUAAGAUUUGUUCGAGUAGCUUCUCAAUUAAUGGUUUUGACACCUAUUGCUAGCUAGAAAAACAAGUUGCAGACAGAUCCUGAAGUUUGUCUACAAGUGUUUUGAAUAAGGAAAUCGUCUCAGGCUAACGUUAUGUAGCGAGCUAAUCUCAUUUAUCUCUCCGUAAACCUAUCAUUUCACACACGGUUAUAAACCCUACAUCGAGGCAUGACCGAGUACAAGCUCGUGGUGGUCGGGGCAGGAGGUGUGGGGAAGAGCGCCCUCACCAUCCAGCUCAUCCAGAACCACUUCGUGGAUGAAUACGAUCCAACCAUCGAGGACUCGUACAGAAAGCAGGUGGUGAUCGAUGGAGAGACGUGUCUGUUGGACAUCCUGGACACUGCAGGUCAGGAGGAGUACAGCGCCAUGAGGGACCAGUACAUGAGGACAGGAGAGGGCUUCCUCUGUGUGUUUGCCAUCAACAACACCAAGUCCUUUGAGGACGUCCACCUGUAUAGAGAGCAGAUCAACAGGGUGAAGGACAGCGACAGUGUUCCCAUGGUCCUGGUGGGGAAUAAGAGCGACCUGAGUACCCGCACGGUGGAGUCACGGCAGGCCCAGGAGCUGGCUAGAAGCUACGGAGUACCGUUUGUCGAGACCUCUGCCAAAACCAGACAGGGUGUAGAGGAAGCUUUUUAUUCACUAGUACGGGAGAUUAGAAAAUAUAAGGAGACCAACCGCAGCAACAAGAAGAGCAAGAAGAAGACUCAGAGACGUUGCAUUAUACUAUAGCCACACACACACACACACACACACACACACACAUCAGCUCAUCCCUAACAGCACUUGUUUCACGCUCGUCCUCACACUCUCCUGUCUCCUCUGUCACGUCGGAGACGUCCAGCACAGCUCCGGACGGGGCAGCAGAAGUAUCUAAAUCCACUUUAUGCUGCUGUCACAGUUUCCACCUACAGUAUGUCACCACAAGAUAUGCAGUGUCUGUCAAGUGUGUCACGCCAGUGUUGCAGACCGUUCCUGUUGACUGUUCAGCGGUCAGGGGUCCAUGGUGGUGCGUCACUGCACUUUGUACGGUCACAUCGGGUGGCACAUUCAGUUCCAAAUCUUCUAAAUUGUUCUAGCAUUAUUUAGAGAGGUAAUAUUUGUGAUGCUUGGUUCAUAUCUUAUCCCCCCCUAAUAACAGAAAUGAUGUCACGUAUUCUAGGAUACCGUUUUUAAUGUGAAAACAUUUUGCUUUCAGGUGAUUGGUUAAAACUUUUUGGAAGUUUGAAAACAUCCAUCUUCCCCUAAUGUUGUUCAUAGGUGAUUGUGUCCUCUGUUGCUUGACACACAACAGCAACACCUUUUUUUCUUCUUUUUCUCUCACCAUGUGCGAAUGAAAAUGCUGUAACAGGAGAGGAUCACCGCCGUAACAAAGCCUCAAAAUUGUGUUCGAGACUCCUAGGUGCACUUUAUCAUUUCCUGUUAUGCGUUUAGUGGUAAAGAUUAAGGAUUAGUUGGUACCAUUCAAAAAGUUGACUGUCUGUUGUUCUGAUAAAACACCAUAUUCCUGAGUGCUCUGAGAUCUGAUGUCUUUGUCCAUCAUUGACCUGCUGUUUGAAGUGUCAGCCCUGCUGUUUGGAAUACAGUGUGUGUGUGUGUGUGUGUGGAACAAAGGCCAGCUUUAAAUGCAGGUUUUAUGUAUGUCAGUGUUGGUGGUGGUUUUGUGGUAUUACAUUCAAUAUUUAAAGACCACUGAUGCUGAAACCAGUGUUUGACAACCUGGGAAAUCUCUAGAGCUCACUUGUGUUAUCUGAUAAUGCUUGAUGAGGAUAUUAGGGCAUCAGUUGUUUUUAUAGCAGUGUUUGUCUUCUUUCAUAAUUACCGUCACUCAAUGUUGUGGAUGAAAUUUAUAUUUUUGUAGCAUUACAGUCACCCAAUUUAUUAACCUCUGCAUUAAGAAACUUUUGUCCAUGUAUUUACUAAGAUUAUAUAAAACUUCAACUGCUAACAGAGGUGAACCCAUCCAUGAAGUGUUCCUACUACCAGCAGCUUCCAAAUGUCUUUUAAUCUGGACUUAAUUCAGUUCCAUUGUUAAAUGUUAAACCUUUAACGAGUCUCUCACUGACAGCAAUGUAACAUCUUUAAUGCACUCUGCUGUAAUGAACAAUUAAAUGUCUUCAGCUUU